AUGGCUUCCGCAUCAGAUUCUAUUAUUAUUGUCGGCGCUGGUGCCGCUAGCCUCUCGGUAGCACUACAUCUUUCUCUACGAGGCUACACAAAUAUCUCAGUGUUUGCAAAAGAUGAUUAUAUCCCUUUCGGAGAUUUGACAAAUGUAGUCUAUCGCUCAGCACAAGAUGCAGGCGUGCAAUUUUUCUUGGGACAACAAGUCGACCAAAUAGCCUACGUGAGCACAUUGACCGGGAAAAAGAGCGCCGGUAUCCGCACAAGGAAUGGAUUUUAUCCCUCCUCGCUCGUCAUUAUCGAAGCUGGGGCUGGGGAUAAUUCAUCCGAAAUUGGCCAGUUGCAUGGCCCCAACUCCUUGGCCAUACCCCUCUCUUCCUACACCAACACCAGCUCGAAGUCUCUUGUUGAAUACGUCCCACAAACGUCUUUUUCGGUUAUACUGCUGUUGAGAAACCCAGUACAAAGCUCCCAGAUAUCUUUGGUGGGACCGCUGGUCCUAGAUCUCUUGGCGGCAAGGAGUGGUCAACAGUCGGAGAAUUCAUCUCAACCCUUGUCUAAGCUGUGA